AUGUCAGAGUUAUCUGCAACACCUAAAAGUACAUUAAUUGGCUGUGAUGAAAAUGAAUUAUUGCAUUAUCUGCAUGAUCGUUACACAGCUAAUCAUAUUUAUACUUAUGUUGGGUCAAUUUUAAUUGCUGUGAAUCCACAUCAACAAGCCGAUAAUUUAUUUGUACAUGUAUUAUUUGUAAAUGAAAUCUUAUUUUUUGAUUUAUAUAAAGUUGAUUGGCAAAUUGAAUAUGAAGAAUUAAAAGAAGAACCAGUUAUAAUAUCAAGUUUUGGUCAAAUACAAAUUCUUACAAAAGAGUCAAAGAAAGCUGGAUCACUUGAAUCAUCUAGUUCUUAUGUGAAAAUGUUUAGAUAUCGAAAUAAAUCUGAAGCUCAAUAUAUUGUUGAUAAAAUAACUAAUGUUAUGAUGCAUACAAUCCUUUAA